AUGGCCAAGGGGACCCUGCUGUCCUAUCAGAUUGAAGAAGAUAAUGGCUUGCAAAACAAGCAGGUUGAGCCCUCAAACCAGCAGUGGAAACUUUUCCCUCCUAAAGGCGUUGUGUUCCCUGAAUGGGCCUAUAAACCUGAAUGGACCCCAGGCUCCAGGCAGAUCCAGCUUUGGCAUUUCAUCCUUGAGCUCUUGUCACGAGAAGAUCUGAACUCCUCUGUGAUCAGCUGGCAGGGUGACUGGGGUGAAUUUGUCAUUCGUGAUCCCGAGGAGGUGGCUCGACUUUGGGGAGCUCGCAAGGGGAAGCCGCACAUGAAUUACGACAAGUUGAGCCGGGCACUCAGGUACUACUACAACAAACGCAUCCUCCACAAGACCAAAGGCAAGCGCUUCACCUACAAGUUCAACUUCACCAAACUCAUCCUGGUCAAUUACCCCAACUGGUGCAGCCGACUUCCACCCAGAGUUGCGGGAGGCAACGCCUGCCAGCCGGACCCCACCACACAAAACCAGCUGAUACAGAACUUGCUUUCAUCCCAAACGGUCUUCGUUGAUCAGAGAGCAAGGCAGCCUCCUCAUGAAAUGACGUCUUCCCUUUUGGACGCGACACCAAAGGGCGCAGAUGACUUCGGGUGUGUGGUGAAGUGCCCUGCCAUGGACAGGAAUGAGAUACGCUCUUUGUGUCUCAUGUCCUUGAAGGGAGUUUUAGAAUGGAUGGAUGACCCAUAG